CCAGCCACCCCUCUCUCUCUCUCUCUCUCUGGUUAGUAUACCUAUACAUACAAAACAUGAAUCUAUAUACAAUUAAAUAUUUAUGUCGAAUCACUGAAUCCAUGACCCCAUAUCUCCAAAUCCUCUUAUAUAUAUAGCACACCCAUUUGUAUUCUUCACACUUCAUUGCUCGUCUCGAUAAACCCACUCACGCAUUUGACGUGUUUCAACAAAUUCUUACAUACCAAGGUGUUUUUGAACAAGCACCAUGGCGACAGGGCAACUUUUCUCCCGUACAACACAAGCGUUGUUCUAUAAUUACAAGCAGUUGCCAAUUCAGCGCAUGCUUGAUUUCGACUUCCUUUGUGGGAGGGAAACGCCUUCAGUUGCUGGAAUCAUUAACCCUGGCGCUGAGGGAUUUCAGAAACUAUUUUUUGGCCAAGAAGAGAUUGCAAUUCCAGUUCAUUCCACUGUUGAAGCUGCUUGUGCUGCGCAUCCUACUGCAGAUGUAUUUAUAAAUUUCGCAUCCUACAGAAGUGCUGCUGCUUCAUCCAAUCUUGCCCUCAAACAGCCCACCAUCAGAGUUGUGGCCAUUAUAGCUGAAGGUGUUCCUGAAUCUGACACCAAGGAAUUGAUUGCAUACGCAAGAUCAAACAACAAGGUUGUUAUUGGGCCAGCAACUGUUGGUGGUAUUCAAGCUGGAGCUUUCAAGAUUGGUGACACUGCAGGAACAAUUGAUAACAUUAUUCAAUGCAAACUUUACAGGCCUGGAUCUGUUGGAUUUGUCUCCAAAUCUGGAGGCAUGUCAAAUGAGUUGUACAACACAAUUGCGCGUGUCACGGAUGGACUUUAUGAAGGUAUUGCAAUUGGAGGAGAUGUUUUUCCAGGUUCUACUCUUUCGGAUCAUGUUUUGCGGUUUAACAACAUUCCUCAGAUCAAAAUGAUUGUUGUGCUUGGGGAACUUGGUGGGCGAGAUGAGUACUCUUUAGUUGAAGCUCUUAAAGCUGGAAAAAUCAAUAAGCCAGUAUGUGCUUGGGUCAGUGGAACUUGUGCCCGUCUUUUCAAGUCUGAAGUCCAAUUUGGGCAUGCGGGGGCUAAAAGUGGAGGUGAAAUGGAGUCUGCACAAGCUAAAAACCAAGCUCUUAUGGAUGCCGGUGCCAUUGUCCCAACAUCAUAUGAAUCAUUUGAAACCUCCAUCAAGGAAACAUUCGCCAAAUUGGCGGAAGAGGGAAAGAUUAGUCCUGUUAAGGAGAUCACGCCUCCCCAAAUCCCGGAGGAUCUUAACUCUGCAAUCAAGAGCGGGAAAGUACGAGCACCGACUCAUAUUAUUUCCACCAUCUCCGACGACAGAGGUGAAGAGCCAUGCUAUGCUGGCGUACCGAUGUCUUCCAUUAUUGAAAAAGGAAUGGGAGUCGGUGAUGUCAUUUCACUUUUAUGGUUCAAACGCAGUCUUCCUCGCUACUGCACACAAUUCAUCGAGAUUUGUAUCAUGUUAUGUGCCGAUCAUGGGCCGUGUGUCUCCGGUGCUCACAACACCAUUGUAACCGCUAGGGCAGGAAAAGAUCUCGUAUCCAGCCUUGUUUCCGGUUUGCUGACUAUUGGUCCACGUUUUGGUGGUGCUGUUGAUGAUGCUGCUCGAUACUUCAAAGAUGCUUACGAUAGGAAACUUUCACCAUAUGAGUUUGUUGAAAGUAUGAAAAAGAAGGGUAUUCGAGUGCCCGGAAUUGGUCACAGGAUCAAGAGAGGGGAUAACAGAGAUAAGAGAGUGGAGCUACUACAACUAUUUGCACGAACAAAUUUCCCAUCAACAAAGUACAUGGAAUAUGCGGUUGAAGUGGAAACAUACACUCUCUCAAAAGCAAACAACUUAGUGAUGAAUGUUGAUGGUGCCAUUGGUACCCUUUUCUUGGAUCUUCUUGCGGGUAGCGGUCUCUUCACCAAACAAGAAAUCGAUGAGAUUGUCAGCAUCGGUUACCUCAACGGUCUCUUUGUCUUGGCACGUUCCAUUGGUCUCAUCGGGCAUACGUUUGACCAGAAGAGGUUGAAGCAACCACUAUACCGUCACCCAUGGGAAGAUGUUCUUUACACCAAGUGAUUCUUCUGUGUUGUAUUGUAAUAGUAAUACUAAUGCAUCAUUGUUGGAUGUAUUUCCUUUUGUUUGUUUGUAUCAUUUAGCUUAUGGCUUUAUAUUUCGAUUGUUAUGUGGAGGGAGUCUUGAGUCUUGUUUCGGAACUUUACAAAAAAUAACACAAUCAUAUGGAGCAUUUUUCAUUCUCUUGUAAUAGUUUCCUUGUAAUUGUUAAUGAUAUCUUUGUUUCUGUUGAA